CCAUUUUGUACAGGGCGGCCUGUGUUCCUCAUUGCCAUGCCCAGGUUAGCUCUUUCUUGGGUGCAAAAGCCUGUGCAUGCAAACCUGCAGAUAUAAAUGAAGGCCCUGGUCCUUCAAACUCAUGCCCAGUCGGAGCCCACAUAGGGGCCGGGACCCACUGGACUGGGGCCUUAAAGGCCUUUCUUGAAACUAUGGCCCUACUUUUCUUUCAUUUCUGACACUAACUGGAUCCAUCAUGAAUAGGGCUUGAUGAUGAUCACAUGGUUUACAUUUGAGAACAGAAUGGGAUUUAAGAAACGACUGGAGAAUACAUGCUAAGAAGAAAUAAUUAUUCAAAGAUGAAGCAAAAUUCGGACUGGGUUGGUCUGGCUGGCUGGAAUACAAGAAUUCCACUUUGUGAAAAAUGUCCAGGUUUGGGGAAUUGUUUUUGUUCCACAUUGGAACAAAACUGAGACCUUUUGAAAUCUGCCGUGAAAAAACACAAGCAAGAUUGAGAGAGUUCGCUCCACCCCAGACUUGCCAAUUGGUUGGGCACUCCUCUGGGAUGUGAAAGAAUAAGGUGCAGCUUGUUGCUCUGCCUGAUUCAGAGCAGGAACUUGAAUCUGGAUCACAUCCAUCCCAGGGUGGCUGACUUCAGUGGCAGCUGCUUAUAUUCUGCAAUGAAAGAAUAGAGUCCCAACACCUUGGAGCUUCAGGAACAACUAUUCUUCCCUACCCAGUGUGUCAGUUUUUCUAGCCAUAUUUCAUUCAUCCUGAAUGGCAGCAGAGUAGAUAAUUUGUUCCAGAGCUUGCAGAACUGAGGAAGUGGGAUCACAGUCUCUGGCUUCCUGCUUCUGCAUCGAUACUGUUUCCUGUCUCCUUUCACUUUAACGACAGCUCUCCAGCAAAUGGAAGUUUUCUGAAACCACUGGCCAGCUUCUCCUCCUCCCAGGCUUCCAUUCAAUCUUUCCAGUCUUCUUGCAGCAGCAUUGCUUCUUUCACCAGGAUGCAUGUUUUCACAGCUGAAACAACACAGGGCUAUUGUGAAGGUGCAAAGUGCUAAUUCAAUGUGGCUUUUCAUUCUGGAAACAGCAGAAGGCACUAGAUGAACUCCAGGCAAUGAAAUGUGUUUGAACUUGACAGCUCGUCUAUCCAGUACAGUGCUGUUUUUAUCACACGUGCUUGGUAUUGCAUAUUUCUACUGCAUGCCUGGAAAAAUACGGAUGACCUUUGAUGUCCAAGUGAAGAUCCUCAAAUUCCCAAGGACCUUAUGCAAACACUGCGUGCUCUGGUGCAUAGAAGAUACCUGGCCUUUGACUCAGCCUGGAUGACUGGAAGGACCUCAUUUUGAUCUAACAAAUGGACAAGAAUCUUUGGCCAACCCUGCUGAAGGGUUUGAAGGACAGGAUCCUGCCAGAUUCUCCAAAGGAAAGAUGCGGUACCUCUGUGCCUGACGCGGAUACCAACUUGCUGCUGCUGGAGAGAAUAACAAGGAGGUGAAGGGAACAUGUCGUGCCAACAGCAGAGGAAUGGGCCAGCUCCCCUAAACACCAGCUAGGCAGAUUGAUGGAGAAGCAGCUAAGAAAAUGAAUGAAAACUACUCUGCUGAGGGGAAAAGAAAGAAUGAGAGUGUUGAGCAGCCAAUGGUUUUGUCUUUAUGUAGGUUUGAUUCGAUUUCCUGCACACACACAUUUUAAACCAGUGGCCUAUGGGAGUGAAAAGGAAUUGGCCAUUUUCCCCACUUUUAAUUCGUGGAACAAUAUGAAAAGUGUGCAAUGACCUUUGAAAGCCAAUGAAAUGUGCCAGGUUUUCAUUUCACAAAUGUCUGCCAGUCUCAUGUAGUCAUGAGUGUUUAGACUGCUCAGCAGCAUGGCACCUGGGCAUCUUGGUGGUAGCAGAAGGCGAGUUUUGGAAAAGUUGGCUGAUGUUCGUGAAUCUUCUGAGUGAAGGUGGGAGAGUUUCCAGAGGAAAUUUGGCCCGCUUUUCAUGGACAGAACACACCAGAUACAAUUUCUUUACCCUUUGGGGCCUCGGGAGAUCAGAGCCCCAUGGAGCAGGGACUGCAAACGCAGCGUGAGAGACAGCACCUACGCCAAACAUCCUGCAGAAGACAAACAAAGGAGGGGAGAGGACAGUAACUGACCAAGAUCAGUCGCAGACCCCAGCUCCUCAUGCUUCCUAGAGCAUUGCUGAAGCCAAAGGGGGGAAGAUCUAGUUUCCUAACGGAAGGGAAAGGAAGUGUGUGCAUUGAGGUCUUUGCCACAGGCUGGCUAGGUUCAGGAUGGAUCCUCUCUUCCCUGCUCAUAUUUUGGAAGACCCUGAUCUGAGGAAACUGCUGAACGACUCCUCAAUGCUGAACCUGAGUUUUCCCAGUAACUGGUUUAACAACGGCACAGGGGACAGCUUCCUGCCACUGGGCAUCAAGAUCACCAUUGUGGUCGUCUACUCCAUCGUGUGCAUAGUGGGGCUGGUGGGCAACUGCUCGGUCAUGUAUGUUAUUGUCAGAUUCACCAAGAUGAAGACGGCCACCAACAUUUACAUCUUCAAUCUCGCCCUGGCCGAUACCCUGUGUCUGAUAACCUUACCCUUCCAGGGGACAGACACGUUCCUCGGGUUCUGGCCCUUUGGAAACAUCCUCUGCAAGAUCGCCAUCUCCAUUGACUACUACAACAUGUUCACCAGCACUUUCACCCUGACUAUGAUGAGUGUGGAUCGUUACAUCGCCAUCUGUCACCCCAUCAAGGCACUGGAUAUCCGUACCCCCCACAAGGCCAAAGUGGUCAACAUCUGCAUCUGGGCCCUGGCUUCAGUCUUUGGUAUCCCAGCUAUGGUGAUGGGGUCAGCAGAGAAUGAAAAUAAUGAGAUUGAUUGUCUAAUUAAGCUCCCUAAACCUGUGGAUUACUGGGAUCCAGUAUUUGGGAUUUGUGUCUUUCUCUUCUCCUUCAUGAUCCCUGUGUUGAUCAUCACCAUUUGCUACAGCCUUAUGAUCCGGCGUCUUAAGAAUGUCCGUGUCCUCUCUGGCUCCAAGGAGAAGGAUCGGAAUCUCCGGCGCAUCACUCGAAUGGUCCUGGUGGUGGUUGCUGUCUUCAUUAUUUGUUGGACCCCCAUUCAGAUUUUCGUGCUGGUCCAGUGCCUGGGUGCAAAGGCCGAAAGCGAGCUCGAGUUAGCCAUCUCAUGCUUCUGUACUGCACUGGGAUAUGCCAACAGCAGCUUAAACCCUGUCCUCUACGCCUUCUUGGAUGAGAACUUCAAGACGUGCUUCAGAAAGUUCUGCUUCCCCACCGCCUUCAGAACAGAGCUCCAGAUGUCCAACAGGAUGUGCAGCAUCGCAAAAGAUGUGGUUUAUGCCUGCAAGAACUCAGAGGGGACUAACAAUCCAGCAUGACUAGGCAUGGAAAUUCCCAUGGUGGCUGUCAGCCAGCAAAGCCCAACGACCCCCACUUCAGAGCUAACUCAGAUAACAACUCUUUAACGGGAGCUUUCGGGCCCAGAAUGGGAGACUGGAAACCUAGGCAGCAAUCUGGGGGCAGGGCAAAUAAAAGCACUGCAAGAGCAUGCAGAAAAGUGAGCCAUUUUGACACCUUUCUUAUUACACUGCUCUCCCCAUUAAGCACUAGAUUUUAACUCAGCCACCAUUAAGUCCUAUGAGCCACUAAGGUCAUGCACUUUGCAUACGGUUGUAAAGAAUUCAGGAAUUGAAGAGUCAAACUCAGACUUUGCUCCUGAGGUUUAUUUUGCCAUUGCUGCUGGAAAGCAGACAAAAUGCUAAUCACUUUUCUUGCGUGAGCUAUUUCAGUGGCUCAUCAUGGAUUGCCGUGUGCUUGUGUGGGAAUUUUAGGCCAGCCGCGGCUCUCUGAAAUGCAGCUUCAUUGACUCCAAAGCAGGGAACAGCAGUGAAACAAAACAAAGAUCAUUUCCAGAAUUACUUAUGACUGAGGAGUGUGUGUGUGUGUGUGUGUGUGUGUGUGUGUGUGUGUGUGUGUGUGUGUGUGUGUGUGUGUGUGUGUGUGUGUUUGGGGGGAUUCAGACACUCCAGCCAGGAAAGAAAGAAGACUAGACAGUGUCACUGCAUGGCUGGAUAUCUCAACUCAAAGCCACUUAAAGAGAAGUAGACAACUUCCAGUGAAGGAACAUACUAAAAUCAAACCGUGUGCCGCAGAGGUGGGGGGCAGGGCGGGAGAGGUGUGAAGGGAUUGUAAAAAAUGACAAACAGCUGCUUGGGAGGAGUAGAAGGCAAGACAAACUAAACAAAUGUCAAUUCAGAGGAAAGAGCUGGAAUUGCUUUUUCUAUAUUUUCAUUAUAACAAUGGAUUGUACUUUGUGUGUGUGUGUGUUUGUGUGUGUUUGUGUAUGUAUAUAUACACACACAUCUAUAUAGAUAUAUAAUUAAUAUUUCAACUUGCCAGACAUUUCUCAGAGGCAUUUCCCAAAGGAGUCAAGAUGACAGGUUAAAUCAAUGGAGUGGCUUAAUCUGGAAGGACAGUUCAAGUUAGUUAUGAUGUCCUGAAGAAAGUACUGAUAUUUGACAGCAAGGAAUCCGAAAGCACUCCAAGUUCCUCUGCUAUCCUCCCUUCUGCUCCCUGUAAGAUGGACAAACAGAUCGGCUGAGUGGCGCUGCAGACAGAAUGCUGGAAGAGGGAGCCUUUCCCCCCUAAAGUGCUCUGGGCGUACGGCUCCAAUCAGCUAGUGGGCACCCCCACCCAGUUGUGCAUCGCUUUUAUGACACAGCAGACUUGUCACCUCAAGUGAAAUCAUCUGCCCUGUUGUGUCAUUAAAAAAGGAAAGUGUUUAUGAAGAAUAAACCACUCAACCCUCCCUCCACAGGCUGCCUCUGAAAAUGGAACCUUUUCUUUCUUUGUAGCACAAGAGACCAGGAGACUAUUGUGGGCGUCAGAGAGUGGAAAAAAAGUUUCCUGACUGGCUGAAAGCAACAGGACUUUUUAAAACAGUUUGAGCUGGGGGUGGU